AUGGCCUGCCUGGCACAAGAGGGCAAGACAGUCUGGUUCCUCCACCCCAGGAGGCGGCUGGACUACGUGAACCAUGCCAGGAGGCUGGCAGAGGAUGACUGGACAGGGGCAGAGAGCGAGGGUGAGGAGAAGGAAGGGGAAGAUGCAGAGGAAGAGGAGAUGGAGGUGGAUGCUGGCAAGAAGCUGCCCAAGCGCUACGCCAAUCAGCUGAUGCUGUCUGAAUGGCUGGUGGAUGUCCCCUUGGAUCUGGAGCAGGAGUGGGUUGUCGUGGUGUGUCCCGUUGGAAAAAGGGCACUGGUGGUGGCAUCCAGGGGCACAACAGCAGCUUACACCAAGAGUGGCUUCUGUGUCAACAGGUUCCCCUCCCUGCUGCCGGGGGGGAACCGGCACAACUCGGCAGGCGAGAAAGUGUACUGCAUCUUGGACUGCAUCUACAACGAGGCAAAGCAGACCUACUACAUCCUGGAUGUGAUGUGCUGGAGAGGACACCCUGUUUAUGACUGCCAGACUGACUUCAGGUUCUUCUGGCUCUCCUCAAAGAUCCAAGAAGAGGAAGGGCUGGGAGAGAAAAGCAGGAUUAAUCCAUUCAAAUUUGUGAGCCUGCAGAACUUCCCCUGCUCCUCGGACAGCCUGUGUGAGGUGCUGGCCAUGGACUUCCCCUUCGAGGUCGAUGGACUGCUCUUCUACCACAAGCAAACCCACUACACCCCCGGCAGCACCCCGCUGGUGGGCUGGCUCCGACCUUACAUGGUGUCCCAAAUCCUGGGGUUGGCUGUACCCACCACCCCCCUCACUGCCAAACCAGACUACGCCGGGCAUCAGCUCCAGCAGAUCAUCGAGAGCAAGAAGAGGAAAAAGCUGGCAGGGGAAAAGGGUCACCUGGCUGCAAGGAAUGGACAUUACGAGUUGGAACACUUGUCUACCCCUCAGCCAGGAAGCUCUCCAGAAGGCCAGGAUGGAGCAGGGAGCCAGAUGGACAGUUAGGCUGCUGGGAAAG